AUGCCUGUGAGACGCGGUCAUGUUGCGCUCCAGAACACCUACCUGGACACUAUCAUCAGGAAAUUCGACGAGCAAAGUAAGUGCGCAUUAUAUAAAAUAAGUUUUGACGAGCUGCGAGUUGGUUUCCAGGCAAUAAAACACUCACCGACGAGGACAAAAACGGCUGAAUGUGCCCUUAUAAAAUCCGCUAAAACAGCUUACUUUUUCAGCCUGGGGGGUUUUUGCAUGUUAAACGAAAAUGCAAAUUUUAUGUGCAGCCCUGGCAGCUCGAAACAGGUGCAUAAACGAAAGUAAGAAUAGUGCAGUAUAGUUUGUCUUCCAUUCUAUUAAACCGUUGGUGCACCUGCAAAUGUGUUUGCAUGUAACUGCACACCUGAUGCCUUACAUUAUGUUCCAUUAGCUCAUAUGUUCCACCAGCUGUAAUGGAAAAAUAAAUCUUUUUUUUCUGCAACCAUUCCAGCUUGUGAUAAAACACAGAUGUCUGCCUUUGACUCAUUGUGGUCAGUCUAAGCUCCAUAAAUCAAACACAAGCCAUUUACUUACUUGUUAAUUCAUUAUAUUAUCUAAAAAGAUUUGAAUAAUUUGUGUCCCACUUCUUUCUAGACUGUUUUUGAGAACCUGUGUCUACCUCACUGAGGACCAAUCCCGAUAGUGUAUAUCAGCCCAGAUUCUGAUCAAAUGCCAACCAGAGAAAAAUAUCUGAUUGAUGGAAACUUCCAAAGAGUUUGAUUAUAUCAGGGAUUGAUAAUUCCUAAAACUAUCAAGCACCUUUAAGAGAUUAUAUAAGGUCUAUGCUGUAUGUGUAUAUUUGUGCACAUGCAACAACAUGUACAUGUAGGACCAGGUGAAUGCACGUGCCACAGACAGCAGUGCUGCUAAGCAACCCUGUGACGAUGAGUGUUUCCGCUCUGGGUCCCAGAUAAUGACUUUGGACUGGAUGUGCUUUCCAUCAGAGGGGCUCAAACCAUUUAUUUUAGAGAGGAGAGCUGAGUGAGUCCCCUCCUCUCAGCUGUGCAGCCUGUAAACAGGGUGAGCUGUUUAACCCAGUUCACCACAGUAUGAUAAAAAGGUCAGAGGCUGUGGAGAAUAUGUAUGUGCUUUUCAUUUAGCUCAUUGAACUCUUACAUUAGCAGCACAUAAACAAAUCCAGCCUUGUUCACCUUUAUGGUGGAGAGUCUUUUGGCAAAGGGACUGUUAAGGCCUCCGCCAUGUAUGCAACAGUGUUCAAGUGUGCACAAGCUUUUAAAUGGUCUUGAAUGUGAGUUACUCAGUGGUAAUCAGUAUCAAAUUGUUCAGCGGGAAAAUUGAGGACUUUGAUCCGGUUUCUACCAUACACUGUAACAGCAGGUGUAAUAGCAUAGUAUGAAAAUCCAAUCAGUGCAGUAACUCACCAGUUUUUAGUUUCUAUGAAGCAGACAUUUCAAAGCAAGCAACUGAGGUUAGAAUAUGCAUAUGUACAAUAUGUGACAUGUACAUAAUUGAGUAAAAAGUCUGUGGAAAAUACAUGUGAAAGUAAUUCACCACUGCUAUAUCUUUAAUUAUCAUUCAAAAGCUAAUCGAUAUUUUCUGCACUUGGAAAUAUAUUCAGAUCAAAAGAUAUCCUGAUCCAUACAAACCAAAAAAUGAAUGAACAGGCCUACAUAAUCAAGUAUAAAUAGAAAUGAAAACAUAUAAACAAUUAUCAGAUUUAAUGAAUUUUUUUUUUACCGUAAAAAACAAACAAACAAACAAACAAACAAAAAACAAUCAAAAGUGUUUGGUUAAAUCUUAUUGUCCAAUCUGGGCAGAUCCUAACAACUUUAAUUUCCCACAAUUUUCAUGAGAGCAGGUGUGACGCUGUAAAGCUCUCAUCUUUAAGUCCCCACCUGCUCCUCCUCAGUCCCUCAGGAGAAAUUGUGACACUAAUAGCAUUAGCACCAAGGAAAAACGGACUUAAUCAGUUCCACUUCAGCCGAUUGUUGAGUGUUGAGUUCAGAGCCAUGCAGAUUAUUUGAAGCAUCUGUACUAAAGGGUAGUUGGUUAAAUCAGUCUGAGUUUAACCUUUACACUAUUUGAUGAUUGACUUAUGUUUUUACUUCGAUAAGGUAUGUUUAGACACAUUCUUCCAAAAAUUAAAUGCUGGUACUUAAACAUUUAAAGUCCGUAUAAAAAAUUGAUGUUAUGAAGGAUGUAAAUUGGAUGUAAACUGAAGUGUACAAGAUGAAAUAACUUAAACUGAAAUAGGUGAUUCUUUCAUUCAAUUACAUAAUAGGGGUUGUAGAAAGGUAGACUCCAUGGUUUAUUUUGAAGUGGUUUGCCUAGCUAGCCCCAUAAAUGUAAAUCUUCCUCAAUUUAACCUCCUUUUUGGUGUGCUGUUUGUCAAAAUAAGGAAAAGCAGACAACAGGCUCCUUAGCUUUUAUUGGGAAUCACUUUUCACCUCUGCAGAAGCCUGUGGAUCUGAACAUGUUUUCUGACACUUACUUCUUUAUUUCAUCAUUAAUACAAAUGUAACAGCAAUGUUCUGCAACUCUGCAAAAUUGGAGCUCUUGUAGAGAGUUUAUUGAUGUUGAUUAAAUGGAUUGAAAUCAUGAUGAUGCUGUUUUAUGAUCUGCAAAAGCAAACAAGCCCAUCAGGGACAAGUUAGACAAUUGUUUUUAUCGUUGUCUGAAUAUGGUGUGAGCCCUGCUUUAACAUUUUCCACAUAAAGUACUCUUAAUAAAUGAAACAUUUGACUGUCAAAGGUCAGAAUGAUAUGUUUUUUUUAUCAAAAGACCCCAAUUGCAUAUGUAGAAAAUAGGAAAGACUGCUCUGUGCACAUGAAAAAUUCCUCACAGGAGCUUUAAGGAGAGGUUUCCAUAGUUUCUGAAAUUGUAAUGACCUUUGACAUGAAUUAUCAAAAUUGACAUGAAUUAGCAAACAGUUUAAAUGACAAUGAACAUCUUCUACCUUUCAGAUCGCAAGUUCCUUAUCGCUAAUGCCCAGGUGAAGAACUGUGGCAUCAUCUACUGCAAUGAAGGCUUCUGUCGAAUGUUUGGCUUCACUAGGGCAGAGAUCGUGCAGCAGCCCUGUACAUGUCAGUUCUUGGUGGGUCCCGGUACCAUGAAGAGUGCCCUUUCUCAACUGGCACAGGCUCUGCUUGGCUCUGAAGAGCGCAAGGUGGAGAUCCUGUACUAUGCUAAGGAAGGUAAGAGAGGAAGAAUUUUGUUUAUCCCCGAAGUAUAGAGAAACAAAGGGGUUUCAUACAACCUCUGUGAGCCUGUUUGCCAUCAUAAACCUGUACAGAGACAAAAACAUCCAGUUUCUUCCUCUAAUGAAAGACUUUCAUAACAAGUACAGAGAACCCCACUGAUCAGGAAGAAAAAUAACUUUAAUAUCGGGCUACAGUGUGUGGGGACCACUUACAGUAACCUGCCAUGCUUUAUUGAAAUUGUGGCUUUUAUAACCAGGGUUUAAAUCAGGGCCUGGGCUGUUCUCACUGAGCGACGUCUCUUUUGAGACCAGGCUCAGGAUUGUUGAUCUUUGCUUGAGACCGGUUUCUAAUGAGCCACAUUUGUUUGUCUCUGCUGGUUUUCUUUACUUAAUCCUCUCUCCUAGUCUUGCUCUUAAAGCUGCAACCACAUGAAGCACAGAACUGUGGCUCCAGAAAGGUUAUAGGUAGAAUAGUUUGCAUCAUUUGGUGAUUGGACCCCAACAUAUAUUCAAUAUAUUCAGAACAAAUCAGCUGUUUUUACAGACUGAUCUGUUUUUACUUUGGCCUCACACAGGAUUCCUGUCAGAGUGGAAGUGUGAAUGGAAGUAAAAGCAGGCACUCAAUGUGUGUGACGUAUGGCAUGUGUUUGUGUGAUCCUCCCUCUCCCCUGUUUCUAUUUUUAGACCACUCUGAUUGCAGAGUGAGGUUAGUCCUGUCGGAAGUCAGCUUAUUUAGACUAUUUAAGCUUUGAUCCUCAUCACUCCUCUGUUUUCUCUCCUUGUACCCUUAUUCCUACCUUCAUGACUUUAGUUAAAAGCAUGACCUUGUGAAGAAUAUAAGAUCACACAAAGGAAGCAUGGAUGUAGGGGGUAUAGCUCAGUGGUAGAGCAUUUGACUGCAGAUCAAGAGGUCCCCGGUUCAAAUCCGGGUGCCCCCUGUUUUAAAUCUACCUCCAUCUCUUUGUCUUUCUGUACCUGAAGGGACAUGCAGGCCGUGUCUGGUGGACAUUGUCCCUGUAAAAAACGAGGAAGGUGUUGUCAUCAUGUUCAUCCUCGACUUCCAGGAGCUGGUGGAUCGUUCUCUGAAGAAGUCAAGCCUCAGACAGAGAGUCGCCCAAGGAUGGAUUUACUGUAAACACUGCUCUUAAACAUAAUUUGCGUGAUAUACAGUCGAUUUAAACAAGCCAAGCAUUAAGGGAACAUGUUGUUUUUGUUGACACGUUAUUAUUAUUAAUACUUAAAACUACUGUCAGUGUUUUGCCCAGGCUCGUGUCAGCAUAGUGGUCAAUAUUGACAUUUUAAAUAUCAAUCAAUAUGAGAUCUAGCUUCCAGUUAUGGAUGUGAUAGACAGACGUUUUCAGGCAGCAGUUAGUAUUUACACAAACACUGAGGUGAAAAAACACUGAGGUGUUUUUUUUCUUUUGUGAUCAUUUAUCGUGUUGCAGUUGUAGUUUUGAUGACAUCGUCUUUUUCCUCUUCAGGUCAGAAUCGCAGGUUGAAAAUGAGACUGCCAGUGCUGCGCUCCAUGAGGCGAGCCUCAAUUUCCAAAGAUCAGUUUGAAGGGGUGGUAGUGGACUACCUGCAGGUGAGCUGUGGUAAAAAAAAAAAAACCUCUAAACCAACAUGGAACUGCAUUGUUCUUCCAUUUUGUUCCCUCUUCACUCAGAGAACAGUGUGUGGUUGAUUAUAUGGUGUGACUGAGAACAGUUUACAGAGAAAUACCUGUGCAGUUACAGAGAGCAUGAAAGAACUGCUGUAAAAAUGCUUUGCAGAAAGUAGAGCAGUUUUAGAAAGCCUCCUCUCCUCAAAUAUCCUAUUAAUAACUUAAAUAAGAUACCAGAAAUACAUUUGCAUGACAUAUAGCAGUCACUUGACCUAACUGUUCUUAAUACAUGCAUGAAGCUCUGUAAACAUGAAUGCUUUCAUGCUGAAACCAGAUGAAAAAACUGUUUUGGUGUUGGCUUUUCACAUAAAAAAUUCCACGCUUUGAAUUGGUGCUGUGCAGCCUCACCUGUCGGCUGCCUGAAAUAGCAGAGGGACUUGUUUAAAAUUCUGGGACUGGUGUCUCAGUUUGAUACACACCAAAGGAAAGAAGGAGGAAGAAAUUUCCCAUUGUUGAGUUCAUCUUUGUCUCCUCAGAAAAUCCCCUCGCUUCUGCUUAACCUUCGUUGUUGUUUUGAUGAGUGAAGUAUUUCCUGACAGUCUCCAUACCUGACUGUGGAACCCUGGACUAAGUCCCUCUGCUGUAAAUGUUGGACCUCUUUGGCAGGACUGAAACAUUCAUCUGUUUUCAUGUAGUUUUUGUGUUGUCAUCUCAAAGAAUGGUUUCCUACCUCUGUUUCUCUACAGCCUAACAGCGAGGAGGUCCCUCUCAAAGAGUUUCGGAUCCCGUCGAAGGAGAGCUGCAUGCAGUCUGAGACGGAGGCUCUAAUAGAACAGGACUGCGACCCCCCCUGCCCUGCAGCCCAGUCCUCUUGCAAGCAACGCUCCCUGCUGACAGACAGGCUGGACCCUGGCAUCACCUUCCCCAGGGGGGCGUUACCCCGGAGCUGUUCUCGGGACAGUGUGCGCAGCCUACGACGCGCUUCCUCGCUGGAUGACAUAGAUGGCAUGAGGGCAGAGUGGAACAGUCGACCUGGGGACCCUCGACCCAACAGCAGUGAGUGUGUCUGACUGGGACACUGCGAGUGUGUCAAAGGGAGUUUUCUGUUCCACAGUGGAUUAAUGAAGCUGUGUUGGAGAUAUCAUACAAAAUGAAUGCAAUGUUUACAUUAAUCAAACAAAACCUCUUACAAUAUAUAAAAGGUCAUGAAUUUCAUAUGGGUUACAUUAGCUGUAUAUUUUGGUACAUAUAAACUUGUUCACUUUGACAGGAGGGCACAUUGGUGGAGCAGUGGUCGGUUCUAUUGCUUCAUAGCAGGCAGGUUCCUGGAUCUAAAUCCAGCACCGGCCUUUUUUUAGUUAAGUUGCAUGUUCUUGCAGGUUCCCUGAGGUCAAAGGGUAAGCCGUGGUCUAAAGACAUGCUUGGUGGGUUAAAUGGUCCCUCUAGAUUGUCUGAAAGUGUGAGUCUGGUUGUCUGUCUCUAUGCUGGCCCUGUGAUAGACUGGUUUACCUAUUAUCACCUCCUGACAGCUGGGAUUGGGUUCAGCCCCAGCUACCCUUAAUUGGAUAAAUGGUACAGAUACUGAAUGUAAGCAGAUUAUUAUUAUUACUUUUGGGAUUUUACGGCUUUCAUUAAUAGAGCAGCUUGAGAGAGAGACAGAAGAGAGAGAGAGAAGGGAGUUGACAUACACCAAACACUGUCGGAACCAGGAAUCGAUUCCUCACUCUGUGCAAACAGGACUGAAGCCCCAGUGCAUGGCAGUGCCAGCUCCACUGACAGAGCUAACUCACUUCUCAUUUGUGUUUUUAUUAUUCAUGUUAAUAUUUCUAUCAAUUCAACAUGAAUCAUAUUGUGGCUAAAAUAUUUUGAAUUUCCAGUUUUCCAUUAUUGCCUUCCUCUUAGUUUGAAAGUUUUCAAAAUGUUCAGCAAAGAAUACAGCAUUUGGCAAUGGGAUUUGGGUUUAAAAUCUUUGAAGCAAAGAAAAACAAAGAAAUAUGAGUUUUAAACUGCAUUCAACAAUACAAAAGAAAUACACAUAUUCAGCAUCAAUGCAAUUUUAAAUCAAUCUAUUUAACUCUUUUCCUAUAAUGUCAUGAGGUGAAUUCUGGUGUUUAUUACUGAACCAUAUUUGACCCGUGUUUCAUUUGUAAUCACUAAUGUUCUUUGCUCCAGACCUGAAGCCAAGCGCCCUGAACUCCACAUCAGACUCAGACUUAAUGAGACACAGGACCAUCGGCCGCAUCCCUCAGGUCACUCUCACCUUUGGCUCGGACCGUGUGAGACCUCCCUCACCCACUGAGAUUGAAAUCAUUGCACCGAGCAAGAUUAAAGACCGAACCCAGAAUGUCACGGAGAAAGUCACUCAGGUCACACAGGUAAGGAGAGUCCUUCUCCAUCUCUGUGAAAGAAUAGAGGCAGCACAUUUUCAAAACCUCAUCUUGAGCAGUGAUUUGGUGGUGAAGUGUCUGAGUUCUUGAGUUUUCAUAUGACUGUCAGUUGUGUCCUGUUACUUCUCCUGUCACUCUGUUUGAUACAUUAAGUUUCUGGCCAUUUUUUGUUGUUGGCCUGCUUGCACAUAGAUCCUGUCAUCGCCUCUGCACAAUUACAGUUCAUAGAUUUCUAUAAAUGGUUGUUGCUUCUGGCUCGGUGAAGAUGCUAUAAGACAUCUGCAGUCACAGGGUGAAAGUGUGAAAGAAUAGUCUCACCUGAGGUGUGACAUCUAUGGCAUCAGCAGCAGAGCACACACUCAUCAGCCACCUCUUCUCACACCACUCAUUCCUACUGUAUACUGGGAUCUGACGCACAGUGAACGAAGGGUGCUCAGUACAUUGAUGGCCUUAUCAUUUUUAAUUCUAAAAGAUACUAAAGAUAAUUUUAGAAGAUUUCUCUUGUUUGGAUGUUUUGUGCUAAUUUGAGUGGACAUUUUGGGACUCCCUCGGUACCUCACAUUAACCUAGUUUACCACAGGGGUUUCCACAGAGGGCAGUUGACUUUCUUUCUUACUAGCCUGGAGGGUUUGUCCCAGUUCAUCUGUUUUGUCUUUCAGUUAGUUCGUUACACAGCAGGGCAACUGAAAAACCUGCGUUCGGAUUUAUAAACAAAACUUGGUGAAAAGAUGGGGUGUCAACCAAGGAGCAAAUGAUGCUGAUUUACAGAAAAUCUGGAUACAAGCUGAUACAGGCGAGUGUUUUAUGGAUAUUUGGCCUAUUUGACCUGAAACAGCACAACAGUUUAAAAGCAUAAAAGGCAAAUUAUUCUCUGAAAGCUUUUGGGAGUCAGUUUCAGUUUGCUGAGUUUUUUUUGACAAAGCCGUACUUCUAAUCUCUUUACUUAUUUUGUCUUCUACAUGUGUAAGAUUUUUUUAACAAAUGUCUUAUUCGUGUUAAUUGGUAAAUGGCAAAAGAUGUCAAGGAUCUUUUCAGUGGAAAUUUUAAAAAGAGGCUUAUUCACAAGAGUAUUAAUCUCUUUGUUUAUCCCUUUGUCUGACACUUUCACCCUGAAGACUGUUAUUAUUUAUAUAAAAAAUGACUAUAACAGAAUAAUAAGUCUGUGCACUGACUGUUUUGGUUGCUUUAGUUGAUCAUUUAGAUACUCUGUUAUCGAUUUCAGAGGUUUUUGAUCACUCGCUGCAAGAAGUUCUCAAAGGGGGAAAGACUAAACAGAAGCAGCGGCAGCUAGCGUGCAGCAGCUCUCAUGUACUCUUUGAGAUGAUGAGACACUUUAAAAAACUGACAUUCAAAGACCUACUGUGAAUUAAAAAUGUUACAGCUUGUGUACCUUCUGUUUUUUUUUUUAAUUAGGAUAAUACUUCAAAAUAAAAGCAUUGUUUUCCUAAGAUUUACAAGGUCGUGUGUUGCUCCUGCCUUGUUUGCUUUUUUUGAUUUAAAUUUUUAGUCAUUAAAUUUUCCAAAUUAGCAUUAUAACAUUGUUAUUAUAUAUAUAUAUUUUUGGCCACAACUAUUAUGAGGUGAAAAUCUGAUAUCGUUAUUGAUACUGUUACGCGCAAUAUACCUCAAAACUUCCAUGAAUACUUGUACUUGUAAUGCAGUGGUUGUAAGGCCUCUGAUUGUAAACCAUAUUACUGUUAGUAAGUUGGUUGUUUCAUUCAGAAUUUACUUUCACAUUUGCAUUAUGCAAACGUGACUGCUUUAAGGACUGAACAAGCUGCCUUGCUGGCAGUGAGCUCUCGCUGUUUCACACCAGGAGUGAGAGUGGUAUCAACAGCCGGCUGUGACUUGGGGCACAGUGUGAAAGCAGCAUGGCUUCUGAGGCUGUGGAAAAAAAACUGGCAGCAUGAACAGAAGUCCUCUCAGGCCUGACAGAACACUUCCUAUAUUUACUUUUCUGAUGUCUGGUAAAGUUUGGGUGGAUACAGAGUGCCUUUUUAGUUUUAGCAUGAGAGUGGAGGGUUUGUCUGUCCUGGUGUAAGAUCUUUAGAAACUAAAUUUAGGAAGAAAAAUAUAUAUUUUUUUCCAUUUAUCUGUCUCUGGCAUGCCUCCUGCUGUUAGAAAUCUCAGUCUUUCUCAGUUUAGUCCGGCACAAGAAAGUGGGUGAGAUGCUUGCACUUUUUCAGCGACUAUUUCAAACAUUUUAUGAUGAAAUCUUUAUUUGUGAUUUUAUUUAGCAUACUGCACAUACAUUAUACACCACUCUGGAAAAGAAUCAUUUAUGUUAAACACAUAAAUCUGAUAAAAAAAAUCUCUCACAGUCAACCAACUCUAGACUCUCCUCAAAAUGUCAUGAACUGAGUACUUAUAUAGGUGUGUGCACAGGGACCAAAGCUAUGGAGCUGUCUGUGGAAGUGAAGAGAUGCAGUUAUGAAACGAGUGAAAAAAAGGCGACAGCUGUGAGGUUAUUGAGCGGCUUGAUGCUACAAGUGACCUUGGCCUUUGAAGCUAAUGGACGUGGAGGGCAGCGGCCAUGCUCUCAAACUGGUGACGAAUCUCCAGCUGAGCUUGCCGAAUCACUCUGUAACUUCCUUUUGAGAGGGUUUGGUCCUGGUGGAAGGGUUUAAAUCGACUUAUAGCAGUAUCAUAGUCAAAGGUCUAAUGUCAAACCCUGCAGGUCAGCUCUGAGGUCAACUGCUGCUACAAACUUUAGCUGUUCAAUAAACACACAAACAAUAUUUUCUCUUCGUAAUAAACAUUUUUUUGUACCUGUAGCAAAAUUUAUGAGCCUCUUUUGGAUACCUUUGGUUAUACAAUAAAUGUUUUAUUAUUCGGCCUUCGUAAUUGGAUUUCGAUUGGCACCUUACAGGAAGGGAAAUGAUGGUUGUCAUUGAUCAUUGUGUGUAUUGAUCUGUCUGCGUAACAUGGGGCACAGAGUGAGAUUGAUCAUAAAAGACUGGUAACUGCAGAAAGCCUCGGUGAGCUGGAACUCGUUGUGUGUGUGUGUGUAUAUACAUGUAUGUAGUUGGAAGAGAAGGAGUGUGUAUGUGUGGCGGCCCCUGGCGGUAAAUGAAUAUAUUACAUGGGACUGGAGAAAAACUGGAAAUAUAAAGCAGAAUUUCAUGUUUUUAAGAAUAACAACAAGAAUAAUUACAUUUGCGGAUACGAGUGUGUGCACAAUUUAAGUGUUUGUUGUUUAAAAAGUGAAACAAUACUCUUGUGCCGAUAAGUGGUUAGAGAUCAGCCAUAACUUUGCAUGAUAGACAUAAAGGUUUGCCAGGAUAAGUGCCCUCAGAUGUGUAUUUUGUUCCCACCAAAACUUCCUGUUCCUACCUGUAAAAAGUCAAACUGUCUUUUGUCAAAUCCAGCAAAAGACCAGCUCUGACUUUCCUCUGUUGCUCUGUUGGAGGCGUGAUCCUCAGAGCCAGUUGAUUUUUCACUCCCUCUGUUUGAAAGCGGAUCCCGUGGUGAGGGCCGGGCCACACACGGGGAGGAGGAUGAGCGAGGCUGCAGGAGAGAGAGAGAGAGAGAGAGAGAGAAAGAGGGAGGGACGCACUGAUGGAUGGGGCUGCCUGGUUGUCUCUUAGUCGUCCUCCCGUGUUGGCCCUCUGGGUUGUGUGCUUCAGCAUGAGCUUUAAACAUAAACUUCGGCCUGUGAGUACUCCAAGUAGCCUUACUAGACUGGCUCUGUCUCAGGCACCCUGGUGUCCUCCUAAAACCUUUCCUUUUCUUUUCAGUUAGCCUUUUCUCCUCUCUUCCUCCCAUCCUUUGCUUUCAUCCUUGCCCCCUCUUCCUUCACAGGUGAGAGGAGUCAUCUUUAUCCAGGCUGAGCCAAUGCUGUGACAGGGCCUCUUUUUGCACUGAACUCUUGCGUUUAUGUGCUUUUUGAACCUUUUGUGACCCUUAUUGUGGGUUUAUUGAGAGUGUGAGAGUGCUGAAAGAGAUUUUAUGUUUCUGUUAAAUUCUGAUUGAGACAGGACUAAGAGUUAAGAGUUAAAUUUCAUGUUUAAAAAUGAUUAAGACAACUUUCAUUUAAAAACAAACAAAAAACACUUUGUAAUUUGAUUUUAUUACAAAUUGUGCACAAAAGUUGGGUUAGUUUGUUUUAAUUGAGGUUUAUCACUUGGCACAGCCGUGUCUGUGAUAUUAAAGUGAAUAUUAUAAUAAUGUCAGCCUUUUCCUGCUUUCCUCAUGCACACUGCUUCUUUAUUUCAUUAUAGUUGAUAUUAAUACAUGUGUAAAACUCUAAUCUCUAAUCUGCCAUGUUAAUUAUGAGCUCAGCGUAAUGACUGAAGGACAGCCAUAGCGUGCGAACUGCUGGUGGGAGUUGUUCUCUGGUCAUCAUUAUGAAACAGAGCGGACGACAUCAAUAACUUAACAUUUCUUGGAUGAAUGAACUUCUGCUCAUGUGUUUACGUUCUCAUUAUUGUGUUGUCAUUUUACAUCUGUUCACUUUCUGGGGUCAGAAAUGCUGUGGGCCGUUCAGCCUGAAGGAAUCAAAGAAAAUGUUUUACAGUAAAUCCAUAAACUUUACCCUCAAUGAUGGUCAACACAACAACACAGAGAAAGACUGAAAGCAAUAGCCUGUCUGUGAAUACAAACUUUGUCUUUCCACUUUUUAGUUCACGAAACUAGUUUUAGGGUACUGUUCUUUUAGGAAGAGUUUUCUUGGACUGUUUCUCAUCAUUGUUUUUACCUGUGGGGGCGUGUCAUUCUGAAGCAGGCUGUAGCCUUUAAGGAAAUGUGUUGAAAUAGAUUUUUACUAUGUUAGCCUCGUGGGUCCACUUGUGAUUGUUGCUGCACUGCAGCUGCUGGUCAAACAAGUCCAGCCUCUUUUGUCAUGGUGACUAUGACCAUAAUUAUGCAAAUAAAAAAUUCAAAUAUUGGUGGAGGUUUUGUGAGGAGAUGGAGGGACAACAGUGCAUAAGGAGCUUUGAGCCUGUUGGUUUUCAAACACUGGGCUUCAUUAACGCACAAUUGGUUAGCAGGCUGAGUUUUCACACCAGCAGACGGUUACAUCAACAACACAGAGCUCUGACCUUGCAGUUAACAAGAAUGAAUUAAAAACACUCUUCUGCAUGGCGUCCAAUCAAUGUCAGUACUUAAUUCUGGUGCAUGAUUGACCAGCGUGCUGAUAGGAGUGGUCACAUGGCCUCAGUCAAAGGGAGACUUGGUGUAUUGUCAGUGGAGAGCAGAUGUAGCUCCACAGAGACUGUUAGUGGGGGAGUUGGAGGUUGUUUUAGCGGUCUGUACAUUCAUGUAGUUAUGAAAGUCUUUUCUGGCGGUGGGAGGAUGCAGGAGAUGAGGUGGCCUCUGCACAGCAGACAGGUAGGGCUGCAGAGGGUUUGGAGGAAUCUUAUUCUGUACUGCUGUGGUGAACACCAGGAAGAAACUCUGGAUAAAGAGGCUCUCAUGAUCUUACCGGUCAGUGAAAUCUGGACUCUUGAAUAACUGACUCAUUCACUGUUUACUUCUUGUUUCGUGUUAGUCUGCUUGUUAACGUUUGAAGAUAGACUCUGGAUGAAGAUUUGUUUACAGGUGCAAUAUAAAUGUCGAACAAAUUGAGUCUGAACUUAUGAUCCUAAAAUUCCACAAGUUCAGAUCAGACGGAUUUUGUGAGGAUCUUUUUGGGGUAAUGUGUUGAUCAGUCAGAUGAAACUGUGAUUUGUUUUGCGUCAUAUUGUUUCUGUUUUGUUUUUGUUUUUUUGUAGUCAGAUUAUAUUGCGUCACACUGUAUUGAAUUGUAACGCACAGUUUUGUAUUAUAUGACAUCAUAUCCCCAUCUUAUUGCAUCAUAUUGCACUGUAUUUUGUUCUUAUAUACUUUGCUAGUUUGUAUCUCACCUUUUGUCUCAUACAGGACCUCAAAUUUGUCCUUCUUUUAUUGCUGAAAACAGCCCCUAACUUUCUAGGUGUAAGACUGGCUUUUAGAGUUUGUUGUUGUGGUACAUCUGCAGGUUCUUUGGUUAAUUUAACAUUAAUUAAUUAGUUGCAGGAUCUAUUCUUUAAUCAGUGCUAGUCAAAACAAAUCAGAUUGCGGUCAUGUUCCUACUGGUAACCUCAACACUUUCUACUUUGUACAGCCCAAAGUGUUUUGCACUUUUAUCAUGAAACAGUCGUGAUCAUGGACAAGAUUUAAGUCAACCUUGACAGGUUAUGAAAAAUUUAAAAAGUUGUGUAUUAGUCAGAGUUAUUUAACAGUUGUGUAUUUUCUUUUUAGUGUGUUUUUGUGUGUUAAUUUGUAAAAAUGUGAAGGUCCUUGCUACUACCAUACUGCAAUAACAAAAAUGUGCAAAUGUGCAAGUGUGAAGUGAGAGAUAGUCAAUAAGAAUGAUUUAGUUACCCUGUUUUGAUGAGUUAUCAGUGUGUUGAUAUGUGUGUGUGUUUUGCCUACAAGACCAACUAUUGAACAGAAACAACACACUGCAUUGAACUUUUACACAGUGGCAUUGACCUUCCUGAUAACUACUGAGUGUGAGAAAAGUAGAAGUUGAGGGUGAAUCACGGUGAAGUGCAUGAAUAUUAAACCUCAUCUGGAAUCUGCUGAAUCAUUAAAAUUCCUAAAAGAUUUAACCUGCUCAUAAAAACUGUGAUAAGUUAAUAAAAAUGAUCAUUAAAAGUGAGAUUAACUUUGAACUCAAUAAAAAUGAAAAUCACUCCUUUUACUUUUAUCCAUAAUGACUUUGUAUAUAUUUUUCCAUAAUGCAGAAGUUCAAGUAGUGCUAUGUUCCUAUAUCCUCAAAAUAGAUCCUCUUCUCUUCAUAUCUGAAUAAUGGACUAGAUCCCACUAGUUACUGAUUGCACUUUCAUCCCCCUAUCAUUAAUAUUCCAACUAUCCUGUCCUUCUCUCCUCAGGUGUUGUCUCUUGGUGCUGAUGUGCUGCCGGAGUACAAGCUCCAGGCUCCACGCAUUCACAAAUGGACCAUCCUUCACUACAGUCCCUUCAAAGCAGUGUGGGACUGGAUAAUUCUGCUGCUGGUCAUCUACACCGCCAUCUUCACGCCGUACUCUGCCGCCUUUCUUCUCAAUGAGGUGGAAGAGGCCUGUGGCUACACCUGCAACCCUCUCAACGUGAUAGAUCUGGUCGUGGACGUCAUGUUCAUCGUGGAUAUUCUCAUUAACUUCAGGACCACCUAUGUCAACCACAAUGAUGAGGUGGUGAGCCAUCCGGGCCGGAUUGCACAGCACUACUUCAAGGGCUGGUUCCUCAUUGACAUCGUGGCUGCCAUUCCAUUUGACCUGCUUAUAUUCCGCUCAGGGUCUGAGGAGGUGAGGAAGAAAGGGAGACAUACAAAUAUUACUGUUUCAUGAAAGCAAUCACAUGAUCUGACUUUGAACUGCUUGAUUUAAUGAAGUUAAUCAGUCUGACCAGACGAACUAAAAUCCUUCACCACUCCCAGCAGACAACUAAAUCUGUACAUGUUGAGUCCUAACAAAAAUGUAGGUUUUAUCCUCGUUGCUAUUUUGAAGAAGCUGCAUUUCAGCUGACUGGUCAAACUCAGAUCCUCUAACCAGUUGAUCAUGACUGCCUCCUUAAAAAGACUGUAUUAGACUUUGUUUCAAGGUUUUGAGACUGGUGAGUUGGUGUGGUGGGUGGAUCUUAAUUUCAGGCAGUGUAUCAGGUCAGAAUCUAUUUUUUGUUCCACUACCUUGCUUUCCUGCUUCCUUAAGUCUCAAAGCACUUUAUUUCUGCAGCUUAAGUUCUCAAAGUUUAACACUGCGAUCUCUCUCCUCCAGCCUCAGACCACUACUCUGAUUGGAUUACUGAAAACUGCCAGACUCCUAAGAUUAGUCCGAGUGGCCAGAAAGUUGGACCGUUAUUCAGAAUAUGGAGCGGCGGUCCUUUUCCUCCUCAUGUGCACCUUUGCCCUCAUCGCUCACUGGCUGGCUUGUAUCUGGUAUGCCAUCGGCAAUGUGGAGCGUACAGGCUCGGCCCGCAUCGGAGCCCUGAAAAUCGGCUGGCUGGACAACUUGGCUGAGCAAAUUGGUAAACAGUACAAUGACAGUGACGCCGCCUCAGGACCCUCCAUCAAGGACAAGUAUGUUACCGCCCUGUACUUCACCUUCAGCAGCCUGACCAGUGUGGGUUUUGGAAACGUCUCACCCAACACCAACCCCGAGAAGAUCUUCUCCAUCUGUGUUAUGCUUAUAGGCUGUGAGUAUAAAGAAGGAAUGCCCUAAAGAUGAGCUCCAAAACAAACAAAACAAUCAUCAUUUAAAGGUAAUCUAAAGUAACGUCAAAAAAAGGUUUGGAUCAGCUCUUUGUCAUGAAUUAUGAAUGAGUCCAACUUGAAAAGAGACAAAAAUCUACAUCCUUUCAGUCCAUUUAGGAGCUAUUUAGCCAAACUUGGCAUCACCUUAUGGAGCUAAAUUUGUUGGCUUUGCAUUGUUAACUACUCCUAAGCUGUUUUAUAAAACAGCCUCUAAUAAAAACAUAACCACAAAGCCAAGCUGUUCAAGGAGAGUAACAUCCACUAUGUUUUUGUCAUAUAAAAAUUAUGAGCAACGUUCAGAAAACCCUCAAAGCCCACCAUCAUAUUUUCAAUAUUUUUGUUUCAUAAAAUAGACUCUAGUUGAUAUGUUUAUCAAGAUCUGAACCAAACUAAAAUUGUAUUUAACUUUGACCUAUAAUAAAAAAAAAACUCAUUACUUUAUAUUAGCCAUUUAUUACUUUUGUAAAUUUUCAUCACAUUAUUUACGAGUUAUUUUCUUUUUCUUUUCUUUUUUUAUACUUUAAGAUGGCUUGAUCGAAAUCCUUGUGGCAGUAUUUUACUGUGCCAAAUAUUCUCAAGUACAUCACCAUUCCCUAUAUAUGUUAGUACAAUUAAACUGUUGCAAAACUAAAAAGUACCAAUGUGAUAUCAGCAUAAUAAGUCAGCAACUUUUGCUGUCAUGUUGUCAGUAUAAGCCACUGAAACAUGUGUGUAUCUUAAAUCAUGGUGGGCCAUUGUUUGUAUUUGAUCGUAUACAGAGUUGUGGUUUCUUCAAACAAAAGGAAUUUUGUAUUGGUUUAUGACAACAAUAACAAAACCAGUUGUUAUACCUAAAAAAUAGCCACACAAACAACAUCCUUUCGAAUUUGACCACAUUAAUCAUAUUCCUUAAAAUUGUGCCAACCUAUUUGUUGUGAAAUGACUGUUUCACAAGAACUCUUAGAGGCCUGUUUCAUUAUGACCAACUUAAAAAAUGCUUUUUGAAUCAUUCUUUUGAAUUUCCAUGAACUGCAAUCCCUUAGUGUCACGUCUCAUUGUCAACUUGUGCAUUAAUUCAGUUGCAGAAUCACGAUUUGAGUAUUUCUGUCAUCUGUGCAGCUCUGAUGUACGCCAGUAUCUUUGGAAAUGUGUCGGCUAUCAUUCAGAGGCUGUACUCUGGCACGGCUCGGUACCACACCCAAAUGCUGCGGGUCAAAGAGUUCAUACGUUUCCAUCAGAUCCCUGGAGGCCUGAGACAGAGGCUGGAAGAGUACUUCCAACACGCCUGGUCCUACACCAACGGCAUCGACAUGAAUGCUGUGAGUCAUGGAGACAUUCACACACACAUAGUUGGCUGAGGAGCUUGAAACAGGUUACUUAAUACUCUGUCACAAAAACAUUUAAUUUAAGAUGUCCUCUUUUGUACUUACCUCAUGUCUGGGGGUAUAGCUCAGUGGUAGAGCAUUUGACUGCAGAUCAAGAGGUCCCCGGUUCAAAUCCGGGUGCCCCCUCUCUUGCAUCACCAUAUGUGGUCUUCCUAUAUCCGAAAUCCCAAUCCCACAGGAGCCACUAGACGGAAGUAAACAAGUAGAUAAAGUGCUAUAGAUUAUAUAGAAUGGACAGAGUCUGCCUCCUCGCUGGGUGAAGGCUCUACGAGAACAGCACCCACUGCUGACGGGCUGCAGUAUAGGUCAUAAAUCCUGUCUCCUCCAGCAAUUCUUAUAGAGCUGUGGACAAACUUCAAAAAAUUUGUUACACAGAAUAUACAUUUUCUUCCCCUGCUUGGGAUGUUGACAUGUAGUUACUGUAAGACUGGUUUAUGCUCAAGUGCUCUGUUUUGUGUACAGCUCAAUUUUUUAAAGUUAUUAGGGGGUUGACGUUUUCUAUGAUUGACACUUGAUACAGCCCAUGGGCGUAUGAUGAUUGCGUAGCUCAUCCGGGGGGAUAAGCUGUUUGAGAUGAGCAUCUUCACAGUGACUCUCCCUCUGAAUGUGUACAAUGCUACUGCGCAAGUGGUUGUUCCAGGAAGUGGAGAAAAUCCCAGAAAUACUGAGAGCAAUUCGGCUUUAAAUCCGUAUACUGGCAGAGGGUGGAGCAAAGUUGUCCAUAGUAUAUACAGUCAAUGGUGCGGACAUAUGAGAGCACAUGUCCAAAAAAUCCUGGAAAUAUCUUAUUGAAAGAACAUCCUUAAACAAUCCAGAAAAAGUGUUAUUUUCAAGUAUUGUCAGAGUUUGACCUACAUGGUUUGUUCACCUUGCCUCUGCAGAAGCUGACACAGUUUUUCCUCACUGUCUUCAGGUAACCUCACAUAAAGACGGUUUCUGUGCUGCAACACAAGAUAUCAUUUUUGUUACUAACUGGGGUUAAAACACAAUCUUGGUCAUUUAUUUUACCUCUAUUUUAAACAGAUUUUGGAUUUAAUUCACUACUUGAAAAUACACAGCUCAUUGUAAGGUGUAUUGGGGGGUAUAGCUCAGUGGUAGAGCAUUUGACUGCAGAUCAAGAGGUCCCCAGUUCAAAUCUGGGUGCCCCCUUCAACUUCACACCACACAAGAUUGUUUCUGUUGAGACUUUGAGAGAUGAUGUGCGUCAUGUUGUCACUCAGGCUUGGGCUUCAAACAGCACCAGGGUGCAGCGCUAAUGCCUGCCAAUUCAAUGUGAGAAUAGAUCAUCACUCGGAGCGACUGUCCUUCAUGCCAUAUUGCUCUCCUUCUCUCACCUCCACUCUCUUUUUUAAUUAACUUUUAUUGAUUAUUAUUAUGUCUUAUUCACAGAGUUUUAAUGGUAAAAGACACAUAGGUGUGGAUUGACUCAGUGCACUGUGUAUCCUUGCAGGUUUUAAAGGGUUUCCCUGAGUGUCUUCAAGCUGACAUCUGCCUCCAUCUGAACCGCAGCCUCCUGCAGCACUGCAAAGCCUUUCGAGGUGCCAACAAAGGCUGUCUGCGUGCUCUGGCCAUGCGCUUUAGGACCACCCAUGCUCCUCCUGGUGACACUUUGGUCCACAGCGGGGACAUCCUCUCUGCCCUCUAUUUCAUUUCUAGAGGCUCCAUCGAGAUCCUUAGGGACGAUGUAGUUGUGGCGAUACUAGGUGAGCUGAAACCAUACUGGAGAUUACAAACUUGACGUUUUUUCCAAAGUCACCAAAGCUCAUUAUAAAUACAUUUCCUAUUUUGUUCCGAUUAGCCACAACUCACAGUGCACAAAACACAGACACACUCACUUUGUGUUGUGGUGCCAGAGGUGUUUGGGCACGGCUCCACUUCCAUUCCAUUGUGGUAUUGAUCACCAAUAGGCCCAGCACUCAGAUCCAGGCUGGAUGGGUCAUUUCUUUGUCCGAUGUGUUUCAGAGAGUCAAUUUGUGUUGAGCAAACGUGUUAUUUAGAUCACUGGCACCCUAUAACUCCGUAUUUCAGCUUUGCUCUUAGAUCCAAUUUCAUUAAAAUGAUUCUAUUUUCACUUAAACCUACAAUGGUUCACUCACUCUAACAUUAAUUGACAAAUCAUUCUUUCCCCUCAUUGUCUUCUCUUUGCUUGUUAUUUUCUUAUAGGGAAAAAUGAUAUCUUCGGUGAACCCAUCAAUUUGUAUGGAAGGCCCGGUAAAUCGAGUAGUGAUGUCAGGGCUUUGACCUACUGUGAUCUUCACAAAAUCCUGAGAGAGGACUUGCUUGAAGUGCUGGACAUGUACCCUGACUUCUCUGACAUGUUCUGGAAUAACUUGGAGAUCACGUUCAACCUACGAGAUGUGAGUGCCACCAGAAGAUGGAUUUAGACCUAGAAACCCUGCCCUAAAAGUCAUGGUAGUCUUCUGGCAGUAUGUUAGCUUAACUUUUGAAACUUUUGGAACUAUCUGUCUUUGUUCUUUUCUUUUCACUGCUACGCCACAAAUUUUGGCUCAAAUACCAAAAGGCAGAGAUGGAGAAAUCAAUGGGAAUAGUAAACUGGAAAAACCCUCUCAGAUAAUCCCUCUCUGGUGUAUGUUAUAUAUUUGAAGUAGUUACUUAGCCUUAAAAAAUAUGAAAUGUCUUUUUUGUAUUGAACUGGAACUGUUGCUUAUCACAAAACAGGCAGCUCUUGUUUUAAAAGUAGGAGGCUUGUGUGUCAGCAUUUUUUUCCUACUCUUCAUUAACCUUUUGAAAGCUGCAUAUGACUCAAAUAUCCACCCAGCAUAAAAAAGAAAAGUAAAUGCAUGUUUUUAAAAAACGGAACCAUGGGAAGCUCUUCUCCAUGCCUGCUCGAUUUGUUUUUGUAAAUUUCUGUAACUGGAUUAAUUUUUCCUUUGCCUGUGUCUCAUGUUUGAUCUGUUUCACAAAUUACACACAAAGACGACAGUUCAAAUAUAUGCACAUUCACAGAGUGUGAGGUUUUGUGUAUAUUUCCAAAUCACUGAAGCUGAUGUGUAUCAGGCAGAUAGAAUAAACCAGACAUCUCCGGGCAAGGACUCUGACUGUGGCUACCGCCGGACCAGACAUCGCAGAAGCUCGCUGCGCCGACGAAACCGACCAGGUUAGUGAAAUUUUCGGUUGUACACAUUUCUCUGUUUGUGUUCUGUGCAAUAUCCUCUGGUACUAUUAUUUUCUGCCUGAUGGCACAGAUGGUACAGAUCGUGAAGACUCAUAUCCUGAUCAGUCUUGCCCUAUGGGAAACCACCACCGGACUACGACAGGAUCCCACUGGGACGACCUCUGCAGUAGCCCUAGUAUCUGCUCACAGUCCAGCGAUGAGGAGAUGAAGCCGAUGGGACACAGCAAGGUGGAGCUGUACCCACCAGGGGGUGACACCAGAGAUUACCCUCCAGCAGUGGUCAACCUCCUGCCAUGCAGUGGACCCUCAUCUGGGAUAGGGCCACCUGUAGACCUCGGAGGACCACCAUACACAAGUAAACAUGCCCUCCCUCCCUCAAUUGUCAUGUUUGGAUUAUCCCUAAAUGAGGCAUGCUAAUCAAUAUUUAGAGAUAGCUGUAAGAUGCUCAUUAAUUUAUGAGUUUCCAUAAGCUGAAUGUUUACUGACAUAUUUUUGUUACAUUUAGGGGCUUGUGUCCACAAAGUGCAUUUUUGGCACCACCAUCCUCCAGAAAAUAGACAAUACCAGUAAAAGGGUAAAUGUCAUCAGUGGACACGGGCCCUAAUGUAGAAAAAUAUAGAAGUGGAAUGAAGAAGAGGCCCUUUAGUUGUUAAAAUUUGAAGAGUAAAGAAGAGCUUUAUUUUAGCUAUAUUUUAAAAAUAUUUCUAAAAUUGACAAGACAGUAGACAUUUAUAGCCAUAAGUAAAUUUGGCAUUUUAUUGUUGCAUUUAAAAACAAAUACUUUGGGUCUUUACCCCUGUUGCAAAAACUAGGACCUCGAAUUUUUGAGACUGGCUCUGAUGAAUGGCUAAGAAGUGUUUUGAAACAGUAUAAUACAAGGUCCUCAGCUGGUUAUAGCCCAAGUAUUACCUAUGAAGGAAGUUAAGAAAAAGCAGCUGACAUAUUGAUUAGAAAUUUAAAUCUUACCAAAACUAGUAAAAAAUAGUAAUGAGAAAAAAAGGAUGUUCAUUAUCAAAAUGAACAAAACUGUCAGUUGUGAUUCACUCAUGAAGAGUGUUUUUUUUUCCAUCCUAGCAGCAGCCCCUAUCAGCAUGUCAGGCCUUUAUGGCUAUUGGCCAGACCGCAGAGCCAGCCAAUUCUCAGAGAGCCAGAAUCGAGUCAGAGCCAGUUUCCACCCUCCACCCUGUGCUGAGGACCGGCCCAGUGAGCUAGAGUCCAGGCUGGAGCUGCUGCAGUCCCAGUUGAACAGGUGAGUAACCACCAGAGAGAGUAACCAGAAAAGAGGGGGCACCCGGAUUUGAACCGGGGACCUCUUGAUCUGCAGUCAAAUGCUCUACCACUGAGCUAUACCCCCAGAUACUGAAUCCUUGUCACAUGAUGUUUUUCAUUGUGAUUGCUCAGCAGUCAGUGUUUGCCUCUGAGUCAUGCUUCUAAAGCUCCUCCCUCUACUGCUGUGUUUGCAUAUCAAUUCCCAGUUGGUUGUGAGCUUGGUGUUAUUACCUUCUGCUGGUAUGCAACAAAAAAAGAGGAUUGAGGAGGAGGGGCAGUUAAACUACAGAUUGAAAGUACUUUUAGUGAAGUCAGACAUGAAUGUGUGCUCUGAGAACUGCCUACAUACUUUAUGUGUCUGAGGAAGUGAGGUACUCUCUAUAGAGAAGGAGAGAGUGAACUAGUGGACAUUUUAGAGAUAGCAGGUUUAGUGAUGAUACAGCUGAUCAACUUCACUGUAGUCCUUUGGGUCAUAUAUAUUUACUGUUAUUUUUUCUGUUCUCAUCCAGACUGGAGACCCGGAUGACAGCGGACAUUAAUGUGAUCCUGCAGCUCCUCCAGAGGCAGAUGGCCCCGGUGCCUCCAGCCUACAGCGCUGUGUCCCCAAGCCCUCACCUGCCUCACCCCACCACCUUGUACAGCACGGGAGCACCCACAAUCCACACUGUUCCCCCAAUCCAGUCAGUAAAGAUAGACAGCACUGCCUCACUUCUACAGGUAUAGUGAUCAUACUUUGUGAUCACCCAGUUCUGGAUAUGUAUGAAAUAAUUUCAUGCCUGCCACAGAAAUCCCACUAGAACAAACAAAAUCUCAUAAUAAAGCUGACACGGACCGUUAGGGGUUUGUCUGAAGAUGUGCCUUGUGGGCGUGUUUUUAUGGACCAAACCUUAGCAUGAAUGUUAAAGACAGAUGGCUUUACUUAGAAAGAAUAAUCAAAUGUUAACUAACACCCCAAAUGGAUCAUGGGCUGCAAACAGGUCUAAUGGUUUUGUCUGUGAGUGCGCACAACGGUGAGCUUGGUGUCAGUGUCAGGGCUGUAGAGGGCUGCAGAUUUUGGUCAAAGCAGGGCUAAGGUGCAACAGGCAUUUGAGGACAUAGAGAAAAUUGUGUUCUCAUCCUCCUGAUUCCAGAAGCACUAACAUGAGGAUGAGGAAACAAAAGCCAGCUGUCUCUGUCCUAAUGUCAAAAACCCACUUUUACUGUGUGAGCAAAUACACUGAUAUUUCCCUAUCUUUUAAAAUGCUGCUGGGGGUUAUGUUUCUGAAAAGGUCAGAGGUCAGAUUAGGGGUCACUAAAUACAGUGUUUUGAAACAAUAGAAUACAAGGUAGUCUAAAUACAGGGCUCAAUCCUUCUCUCUCUCUCUCUCUCUCCCUCUCUCAUGCCCUCUCCAGAGUCCAGACUCUGACUUCAAGCACAAAUCCAAGGACUCGCUCUCCAGUGGGAUCCACCUCACCGUAGCCUCUGACGACACUGUGUCUAUGUCUCCAGAGAUUGACCCACCUCCUCUGCCAUCUUUGGACUUAGCCCCAACUCAAGAUCCUCCUGGACUGAUGUGUGGCAGUCAACGCUUCCCCUCCCUCCCUGAGCACCUGGAGAUCUCCACAGAAAUGCAGGAGAUCCAGAGGCAUGUCUCUGACCCCGUCUUGCCAGGCAGUUAG